CUCACUUGCCAGUUGUAUCAUUUAGAGACUUACUAGUUUCUGGCAUUCUUAAAAUUGCACACAGAGAUAAACAUGAAUCCCUAUGGAAAAUCCCAAACUCGGAAAAAAACAAGAAAGGCCGCUCCAAUCGCCGCCCUAGCACUUCUUCUCACAAUCCCAUUAUACCUUUCCUUCACCGGAGACUCCUCUUCCUCCCACCAAACAUUCCCUUCACGCGCCGAAUUGCACCAAUGCGACUUGUUUUCGGGCGAAUGGGUGCCGAAUCCGGACGGCCCUUACUACACCAAUGAAACGUGCAACGCGAUUCAGGAGCAUCAAAAUUGUAUGAGAUUCGGCCGCCCCGACACCGGCUACCUCAAAUGGAGGUGGAAGCCCGAUGCCUGUGAGCUCCCCCUCUUCCAACCGGAUCGAUUUCUCAAAUUGGUUAGGGGGAAAUCGUUGGCGUUUGUCGGUGAUUCCGUUGCUAGAAACCAUAUGCAGUCCUUGCUCUGCCUCUUGUCCAAGGUGGCACAUCCGAUAGAGUGGUCGGAUCCAUUGGGGAAACAAAUACAGUACCACUACAAAGAGCACGACUUCAACAUUUCCAUUUUCUGGACGCCGUUUCUGGUGAAGACCGGAAUCCUAGACCCCUCCCUCGGCCGCCCGUUCGAUCUAUACCUCGACGAGUUCGACGACACCUGGUCCAACCAAAUCGCGCAAUUCCACUACGUCAUAAUCUCCGCAGGCCACUGGUUCUUCCGCCCGAGCUACUUCCACCUCCAACGCCGCCUCCACGGCUGCCUGUACUGCCCAGAGCCCGACUCCAACAUCACCCACCUCACGCCCGCCUUCGCCCACCGCUGGGCAUUUCGGACCGCGUUUCGCGCCAUCAACGGCGCUGCGGGCUACAAGGGAGUGACGUUCGUGCGGACAUUCGCGCCGUCGCAUUUUGAGGGCGGCGCGUGGGAUAAGGGUGGGAAUUGCCUGCGGACGAAGCCGUUUACGAGGAACGAGACGUCGCUGGAUGAGAAAGCGUUGGAGUUUUACACCAUACAGUUGGAGGAGCUGGGAAUUGCAAGGACACAGAAUCGAGGGAGGAGGUUUGUUCUUUUUGAUACCACCAAGCCUAUGGUGUUGAGGCCGGAUGGCCAUCCUAGUAUAUAUGGCCAUUUGCCAGGGGCAAAAUUGGUAAUGUCGAAUGACUGUGUGCAUUGGUGUUUGCCUGGACCCAUUGAUGCUUGGAGUGAUUUUUUGCAGGAACUGUUAAGGAGGGAAGUUGUAGGCAAUUGAAAUUUUAUUUUGUUUUUUUUAAAUCGAGAAAGUAAUUGGACGAGCAAGAGAGUUUGAUUACUGUUUUGUUAAGUUUUACUAUUUGUUAUUUUUUCAAUAAUCUUGAUUUAUGGUAA